UCCAGGAAAAGAUAAAUACAGCUACGAGUUGUUGCUGUCGCACUACUUUAUGUCAGAGAGGGGGAACACGUUCCUCAAAUGUUUUGUCAGGACUUCAGUUAAGAACACAGCAAUGGUCCUGCUGCUUCCUAGUUCCCCCCAGAGUCUGUUCAGACAAGCAAGAGGACAAAGUCAACGAUAUUGCCGCAAUGGUCUCGAUGGAUAGAAGCAGGUGCUGUUCCCGGGACAGAGAAGCCAAAGAUACCAAAGAACAAUCUAGUCAGACACAUGCGAGCUUAGAACAGAAUCAGCCGUUACCCGCUGUUGAAGUUUGCGACACACUAUCAGACACCUCAGUGUCGGACAGUUCAGUCUGUAUCCAUACCCACAGUGAAGAUGGAGCAGAUGCUACAACACCUAAGGUUGUUUCUUCAGUUGACUGCGGGCUGGACACGGAUGGCGAAUCACCGGAAGUAACACCAGAGCAAGGCCUGCUGGGAGCUGAGGGUCAUGGCGGUCUGGCUGACGAUCAGUGUGCACAGCAGGACGGUGUCAUCGAGGUUACACUGCAGCAUCCUAUACCAAAAGGGGGUGGCAAAAGGACUCCCUUGCAGAGUUCAGACAGCGUUGAGGCGGAGUACCUCCAGUCAGCAAGUGAGCUGUGUACCAGUGAAAGGCCAAGAAGCUACAGCAGCUCCUUCAGUCAUUUGUCAUUGUCCUCCAGUCUGCCAAGAUCAUGUGACUUGUGCCGAGCUGCCGACAGACUCCUCCUCUGCAGCCACAGCAAGGACUUCUGGUACUCCAUUAGAAGCGACACCUGUUGUGAACGGGUUUGGUCAGAUUUCCAUGACAAACUGAAAGCAACAUUUCCUCAAGAUCCAGCGUUUAAAGGGGGAAAGGCCCGUAUCAUGCCCCUCUUAAAGUCACUGUUAGGAGUGAAUGAAUCUCUGGAAAAAGUGCACAUCAAGUCAUUUUUGCGAGUGAUCAAAUUCAUCGGUCCCUUCAGAGCCGAGCAAGACCGAUGUGUUGUCCUUAAACAGCUUGAAGAUCUUCUUGAACACUCAUUCAUCAAGGAUCCUAAAAACAGGAAGCAAAAGAUUUCCUGGUUCGCUGGGCCUCUGUCAAGAAAGGAUGCUGAUGCGAAAUUGAAGGAGAGACCAACCGGAACUUUCUUGAUCAGAUUGAGCGAGACUCAGAGCGAAGAAGGGAGUUUUUCAUUAGCUCUUGUCAUGGCGGACGAGAGUCUCUCACUUCAUCAUAGAGGGACACCCGUCAGAAGCCAUUCAUUCCAGCCCCUUCAGCUUAAUGCUGACUUUCCGGGAAAAGAGGUAUUCUAGUUUACCUGAACUAGUAAAUACCUUUCUCUUCAAGGAAGAGAUAUCGGGAGAAGGUGAGGAAGAAAAUGCGACCAGGUGUUCCAAAGUAUGUCCUGGUCUGCCAUACAACCAUAUCAUCAACGGAUAUAAGAAAUGAAAGUAUGUUGCUAAAUGGACGCCAUUGCUGUAUACAGGCUUGUUCAGUGCUUGCCCAUCCGUGUGAUGAAGAGCCUGCCCUGCCUACUCAAGAGAAGAUAAAAAAAAUCUGCUUCUUUCACGCGACUAAAGUAAAUAUGUGUUGUCUACUCACAGGAGGAAGUUAAAUAUCAUCCGAGGUUUUCAUAUUAUUAGUUAAUUCGUCUCGCCUUCUCAGAGGAAGUUAAAUACCAUCCGAUACUUUCAUAUAACUAUAUGUAUAGUUAACUUGUCAUGUCUUCUCAGAAGAAGUUAAAUACCAUCCGAGGUUUUCAUAUUAUCAGUUAAUUCGUCUCGCCUUCUCAGAGGAAGUUAAAUACCAUCCGAUACUUUCAUAUAACUAUAUGUAUAGUUAACUUGUCAUGUCUUCUCAGAAGAAGUUAAAUACCAUCCGAGGUUUUCAUAUUAUCAGUUAAUUCGUCUCGCCUUCUCAGAGGAAGUUAAAUACCAUCCGAUACUUUCAUAUAACUAUAGAUAACUUGUCACGCCUUCUCAGAGGAAGUUAAAUACCAUCCGAUACUUUCAUAUAACUAUAGAUAACUUGUCACGCCUUCUCAGAGGAAGUUAAAUACCAUCCGAUACUUUCAUAUAACUAUAGAUAACUUGUCACGCCUUCUCAGAGGACGUUAAAUACCAUCCGAUACUUUCAUAUAACUAUAGAUAACUUGUCACGCCUUCUCAGAUGAAGUUAAAUACCAUCCGAUACUUUCAUAUAACUAUAGAUAACUUGUCACGCCUUCUCAGAGGACGUUAAAUACCAUCCGAUACUUUCAUAUAACUAUAGAUAACUUGUCACGCCUUCUCAGAAGAAGUUAAAUAACAUUCGAUGUUUUUAUGUUACUAUAGUUAAUUUGUCAUGUCUUCCAAGCAGAAAACGUUACAUAACUUCCGAUGUUUUUAUAUCAUUAUAGUUAAUUUGUACAUAUUAUUCUAUUAGACAUUUUCACAAGACGUUAAAUAACAUUCGAUGAUGUUACUAUAGUUAAUUAGAAUUUGGUGUGUGUGUGUGUGUGUGUGUGUGAUGAUUUUUAUUGUGAAGCAUGUACAAUGUGAAUGACCCCCAAACAUUUAUCUACAAAAUAAGUGACCCCCGCUGCAUGUCAUGUACAAAAUCAAUGA